AGUUACGUUGAAUUUAUAAUGAUAAAUAACUACUAUUAUACAUUUGUGAUAAGCCUUAAAACACAAAAUAAUUAAUCAUUUGAAAGUUGAAAGGUUACUUAAAAUUUAGGGAUUAUCAAAAGAACGCAAAGUUGAUCAAGAUCAGAUGAAUUCGGUAGAAGUGUAUGAUCCUGUGAAGAAAUGUCAUUAUCGUAUUUUGGUGCCUCAGAAAUCAAAGCGAACUGAAGCAAGCGAUGACGACGAUGAAAUUGUAUUCGAAGAAGCGCCGCCUAAAAACUGGAAUAAUAUUACUAUUUGGACCCAAAAUGAAACACUGGCACUUAUAAACAUAUUUUCUCUACACAAAGACAAAUUCAGAUGUUUCAAAAAGAAGAAAGGUCAGUGGAUUUUAAUUUCCGAAGAGUUAGCGAAAAUUGGCAUAAACAAAGCACCCGAAAAAUGUGAAAUUAAAUGGAAAAAUUUACUAAGGGUCUAUCGACAACAUAAAUAUGAUAAUAGGGGACCGGGGAAGUUCGAAUUCUUCAACGAGUUAGACGACAUUAUAGCAAACGAUCCGCAGUUUAGAUAUAUAAUUGCCAACUCAAAUAGUAGUUCUGUAAAAAUUGGAAAGCUUCAAGAAAACUCUGUUAGUGACGGCAAUAAAGAUUUAAUCACAAAGAAAAAGUGCUCUUGUAUAAAAAGUGAGAAACAGAAAAGACACGAGGACCGAAUGGCAUUAAUGACUAAAAAAAUGGAAAUUGAAGAAAGGAAAGUCAAGGCGUUUGAGGAUUAUCUUAAGUUUUUAAAAAGGAAUGCUGAGGAUGUAUAGUUAAUGACUAUAGCACAGAUAUUGUUACUGUUUUGUAUAAAUAUGUAUGAGAAAUACAAAUUUUUUUAACUUA